GUGAUAAUGGACUUGCAUGCAGUUCAAGGUUCUCAGAACGGCAAUGAUCACAGUGGGGCAAGAGAUGGAUAUAUAGAAUGGGGAGAUUCAUACAUACCAAACACAGUCUCAGUCAUUGACUUCUUUGCACGAAGAUACGGUGACAAUCCAAGCCUAGGAGGAGUAGAAUUGAUGAAUGAGCCAUCGGGUGUCAAUCUAGAUAGCCUAAAAAACUAUUACAAGCAAGCUUAUGAUGCUGUGAGGAGAUAUAGCCAGAGUGCUUAUGUCAUCAUGUCAAACCCAUUGGAUCAUGAUUCUAAAGUACUUCUCUCAUUUGUCCAACAUUUUAAUAAUGUAGUCAUUGAUGUGCAUUACUACAAUCUUUAUUCCGAUUACUUCAAUAGCCAGAACACACAACAAAACAUUGACUUCAUAAGAAAUCAAAGAGCCUCGGAUCUCAGUGGUGUCUCUUCAACUAACGCUCUUAGUUUUGUUGGGGAAUGGACUAGUGCAUGGAGCGUGCAAGGUGCAUCAAAGGAAGAUUAUCAGAACUAUGCACAAGCACAAUUGGAUGUGUAUUCACGUGCAACCUUUGGAUGGGCAUAUUGGUCCUACAAAUGUCAAUAUGAUCAAUAGAGCCUUAAGUGGAUGAUCG